AUGUCGAUUCCUUGUCUAACUGAAGAGACGGCCAAGACGGUUCUGCGCCAGGUGGAGUUCUACUUCAGUGAUAGCAAUCUUCCCAUUGAUGAUUUCCUUAAGAAGACGGUCACUGAGAGCGAAGAUGGCUUGGUGAGUUUGGCGUUGAUAUGCUCCUUCAGUAAGAUGAGAGGAUAUUUGAAGUUAGGUGAUUCGAAAGGAGAUGAGAUUCCUGAAGAUACGAUCAAAGCUGUUGCUGAUACUCUUCGAACUUCCUCGGCUCUCAAGGUUUCCGAAGAUGGGAAAAAGGUUGGUAGGAGUACAGAAUUGUUGAAGCUAGAAGAUUUGGUUGAACAACUUAAUGCUAGAACAGUAGCUGCUUCACCAUUCUCGUAUGAUGUUAAAAGAGAAGACGUGGAAGCCUUUUUCACUCAGUAUGGCACGGUUAAUAGUGUGAGGAUGCCUCGUCAUGUAGCAGAGACGAGAGUGUUUUCGGGCGUUGCCUUGGUUGAGUUCCCUACAGAGGAGGAAGCCCAAAAGGUUAUGAAGGAAAGCUUGGUCUUUGCUGGUCUCGAGUUGGAGUUGAAACCAAAGAAAGAGUUUGAUGCUGACAGGGAAAACGAUGAAGAGAAAUUUGCUAAUUACCAUCCUCAAAAGGCUUCUACAAACCAGAAGAACGGUUCUGAUCAUAAGAACGCUUCUGAAUAUGAGGCAAACUACCCCAAGGGUUUGAUCAUUUCAUUCACUCUCAAGCGCUCAGCUGAAGAGGGUACCACGGAACAAAACAGUUCCGAGAAGCCAACCGAUACGACAAUGGCUGAGAAUGAAUCAAAGCCGGCAGAGAAUCCUGAUGCUGAUAAAGAAAACACUGAUCAAGUUGAGGGCCAGGGAACAGAGGGUGAAGGUGAUGAGGAGUCUUGUGAUUCUCCAGUUAAAAAUGGAGAUAGAGAAGAAAAAGGUGCUUUAGCUACACAUAAAGAUAACAAAGAUGUUGUCUUGCGUGAAGAUCUCAAGGCCGUUUUUGGGAAAUUCGGUGAUGUCAAGUUUGUGGAUUUCAAAAUGGGAGCUGAGACGGGAUACCUUAGGUUUGAUGAACCUGAAGCAUCCCAGAAAGCCCGCGCAGCAGCAGUGUUAGCCAAAGAAGGUGGACUAACCGUGAAGAAUUUCAUCGCUGUCUUAGAACCUCUAACCGGCGAAGCUGAAAAGGAGUACUGGGGUCUCCUUCGCAGCAAAGAUCGGUUUGACAACAAGGGUGGCCGUGGAGGAAGGGGAGGAAGACGAGGAGGGAGAUUCGGAAGAAAGAGAGGAUCUGAUUCGCCAGGUGGUCGCUGGAACAAAGCUCAGAAGGUGGAAGCAUGA